AUCUUGCAGAUGCACCCGGCUCAGGUGUUGCAAGCUGCACUGCGCAGCUGUAUCUCAUGAUGCUAGACACUGGUAGUUGCUCCGAUAGUCUUUUCCCGAAGUCUUUAUCCUUACUGUAAGAACUGUAGUGACUGAAUAGUGGCCUGUACUCGUGUGCCACUCUCUCGGGGACAAGGUGUUUGCAGACACUGAAAGCAUGGAAAAGGAAAGGCGAUCCUCCAAACAGUGUAUUUCAAGUGUGGAUAAUGAAAGCAGACCCUCAAAACAGUAUGGAUCGCUGGAAUCGACUAAGUGGAGCAAAGAUCCCGAGAAAGGGGAAGACAUAGUUUCCAUGGCAGAUUCCACCACAACCAUAGAUGACAUAGAAGAUGAACUUUUCAAAAUUGAAAGAAUAAGGGAGGUACUUGUCAGAAGGGAAUCAGAACUUCGCUAUAUGAUGGAUGAUAUCCAGCUGUGUAAAGAAAUCUCAAGGCUGAAGAAGGAACUGCAGAAGUUGGUAUCUAUUCCAGAGAAAAACAAGACGAAAGAAGACAAGCAGAAGGAAGACGAGCUUUUGCAGGGUAUCCACAAGCUGGUAGAGACAAGGGACUUCUUAGUGGAUGAUGUUGAAUUUGAAAGACUAAGGGAGAAAGAAGAGGACAAGGAAAUGGCAGAAUUCUUGCAGUCCAAGCUGUCAAAAUGCAGCUCAAAGAAAUCUGCUCCUGAAAAAGAAAACAAACAGAAGAAAAUGACUUCCAGAGGACAGCAGACAUCAACACCAUAUGUUACAAAGACUGGCCUUACCCUGCUGAAAGAAUGUUGUGGCUUCACUUGCUCCAUUAUGUAGGGGAUUUAUGAGGAAGCUCUCAUGCCUCACAAAAGACUUGUUUCAUUACUAAAUAAACUGCCUUGAUGUAUGUGUAGCCAAGGGUCAAUUUUUCAAUGUAAACGUUUUGGAGAUUAUAGAAGAGCUUAAACAGUCUGAGAAGGAAGACAUUUUGUGAUGGCUUAUACUCAUCUGAUUCAUCAGCAAGACAGUAUUGCCUGUACAUGUAUUUUAGCACAUAAGCAUUCUCAGCUAUGUGCUUCCUAAAAAUUCACAUUUUAUUUGAAGAACUGCUUUUUGUGUUGCAACUGAAAAUAUGAAAUAUUAAAAAGAGUUGCUUUCUGCUGUUAACUUGUGUUGCCAUGACAACUGGUUCCAAGGUGUUAGUGGUAAAUGUCUGUCCAGCAUUCAUCAUAGUUACCCUCCCCACCUCACAAAAUACUGUUUUUGUAAUUGAGUCCACCGUAAAAGAGUAUGGUUCCAUUAACGCUAUGAAGGCCUACCUCAUUUCAGGGCACCAGAACAUAAUGUCUGCAGGCUUCUAUACAUUUCUUGGAUUAAAUACCAUUGUCUGU